ACUCCUCUGUUUACAGACAUCCGGAGAAACAUGGAGGACACCACUGGCAGUAAUCCUCAAUCUCUCGGAUUCACAGAGAAACUCAAGUCGUGGCUGUCCCUGCCAUGGACCUACGUGUGCUUCAUCUGGCUGGGCAUGGUGCUGAUCAUGGUGUACGUGCUGUGGAGUCCGCUCAAACUGCAGGAAACUGUCACGUCAGCUUCGGUGUUUUUGAACACAUUAACACCUAAAUUCUACGUGGCUCUCACCGGGACCUCCUCCCUCAUCUCUGGACUCAUCCUUAUAUUUGAGUGGUGGUAUUUCCGUAAAUACGGCACCUCUUUCAUCGAGCAAGUGUCGGUGAGCCACCUCCGUCCUCUGCUGGGCGGAGUGGAGAGCAGCUCCACCACUGGUCUCUUCUCAUCAGUUAAUGGGGAGGCGGAGCCUCGGCCCAGCGUCUCAGAAUGUAAAGUGUGGAGGAACCCUUUGAAUCUUAGAGGAGCAGAAUAUAACAGGUACACCUGGGUGACCGGAAAAGAGCCUUUAACCUACUACGACAUGAACCUGUCUGCUCAGGACCAUCAGACCUUCUUCACAGGAGACACUCAGCAGUUGAGGCCUGAAGAUGCCGUGAUAGCAGAGGCCUGGAGGGAAAGAAAUCCUCAAGCCAGGAUCAGAGCAGCGUCGGCCAUAGAGAUGAACCACGAAUGUGCUGCAGCUUAUGUGCUCCUAGCAGAGGAAGAAGCCACAACUAUAACAGAAGCUGAACGCCCUUUAAAAGCAUUAAGUAUCGCUGGAAAAGACAUCAACCUGUUGGUGUAUAUUAAACGCAGACUUGCGAUGUGCGCGCGUAAGCUGGGACGGAUCAAAGAAGCGGUGAAAAUGAUGAGAGAUUUAAUGAAGGAGUUCCCACUGCUGGGGAUGCUGAAUAUACAUGAAAACCUUCUGGAGGCCCUCCUGGAGCUCCAGGCGUACGCCGAUGUCCAAGCAGUGCUCGCAAAAUACGACGACAUCAGCUUGCCAAAAUCAGCCACUAUAUGCUACACGUCUGCACUGCUGAAAGCGCGGGCUGUAUCAGAUAAGUUUUCUCCAGAGGCGGCGUCCAGGCGGGGGCUCAGCACCGCAGAGAUGAACGCCGUGGAGGCCAUACACAGAGCCGUGGAGUUCAAUCCACACGUGCCAAAGUACUUAUUAGAGAUGAAGAGCCUGAUCCUGCCUCCAGAGCACAUCCUGAAGAGGGGGGACAGCGAGGCAGUAGCGUAUGCCUUCUUCCACCUGCAGCACUGGAAGAGAGCAGAAGGAGCCUUAAACCUACUACACUGCACCUGGGAGGGCACCUUCCGAAUAAUUCCCUAUCCGUUGGAGAAGGGUCACCUCUUUUACCCCUACCCAGGAUGCACAGAGACGGCAGAUCGGGAGCUGCUGCCCUCCUUCCACGAGGUGUCUGUGUACCCAAAGAAAGAGCUUCCCUUCUUCAUCCUCUUCACAGCAGGCCUUUGCUCUUUCACUGCCAUGCUGGCCAUGCUCACACAUCAGUUCCCGGAGCUCAUGGGUGUCUUUGCCAAAGCAUUCUUCAGCACACUCUUUGCACCCCUGGGUUUCUUCGCAGACAAGAUGGAAAGCUUCAUGCCGUCCAGUUUUUGGCACCAGCUGACUCGGAUCUGACCCCUUCUCUCUCUCUCUCUCUCUCUCUCUCUCUCUCUCUCUCCCUCUCCCUCUCUCUCUCUCUCUCUCUCUUUUCCCCCUUACCACUCCUCCAAGCCCUCGAACAAAAAGUGUUUGCUCUCCUGUCUUCAGCAUUACUGUCCACUUGCUGCAUUGUUACUGAUUAUGUUGGCUGAGGUUGUAUCAACACAGCGCUACCUCUCCGAAGAUGCUCUCCCACACUGAUCCUGCAGCCUGUGAUCCUUUUUUUCCAAGAAUGCAUUCGGUGAAUGCCGUUUGCAACCAUUUCAGAGGGUCGUCCGCUCGUCAUCACGUGCGUGCGGGGAAAUCGAAAAACUUUCCAGCGUCCCACAAACACUCAUUCUAAAUUUGGUCCGAAGCGCUUGCCUGUUUAUGAGGAAAAAAAGAAAAGAGAAGUGACUUGAACCGUGAGGAAGAAGCAUUUCCUGCCUGCACUUUUCCAGUUGGAACACUUUGAUUAAAGCUUGUGCAGCUCGUGUAGAAAAAAAACAUUUUCCCCCGCAAAAUUAUCGGCGUGUCCGACAGAUUCAUGAAAACCGCAACUGUAAAUCUGCAUCAAGCCUCGGCGUCGCACCGACGUCCAGCAGGUCACAUUUAAAAGUGUGCGAGACCCCCUGAAACCAGAGCCGUGAUUUACAGCCUCGGAGUGGCUUCAGUGUGUAUACAUCGCCUCCACAGUUCAACAGUUGUUACCAAGGCAUGACACCGCAGCACUAUAUCACCGUGGCAACAGAGACACCCCCCCCUCCACACACACACACACACACCACAUAAACGAGACCAUCACAGUGAAGCCUCUCAUGGCAUUGCUCAUUUCUGCUGAUCUGCUGAUCCUCAAUCACACUGAAAAUCGCUGUGAAACUUGCGAUUUCAGUAAAUAUACUGAAUGAAGAUGAAGCUUACUGAGCAGUUUUAACUCCCACUGGCUCUAAUUUAGUCGCUUUCUCUGCAAGGUUAAAAUUUGGAGCUGGACUUGACCUGAAAUCUUCUGCUGUCAUUGGUGGGACAGAUAUUCCCAUUGUGAAAAAUGAGUUUCCCCCCAUUGUAAUUUAAGGAAAUAUCCCAACCACUGAUAAUGUAACAGCCUUUCAGAAACAAUUAUAUGUAGCUAUACAUAUGUACAGCUUUGUUUUAAAUACUCAUUCAAACAUGCAAAAGUGGUAUAUGAUCAAUAUUAAAUUACAUAAGCAACAUGAAAUAAAAUAAUAGUGUUCAUACAAAAAGUGAGCUUUAAGAAUGGCCAAUUGGUUUAAAACAGUCAAGUUUAAAUAGAAGCAGUAGAAAUUCCAUUGAGUUCAUCUUUGAUCACAUAAACAGUCAUGCAUUAAGAUGCAAAGUCAUGUAACACUUUAAAAAUGUGAACAAAGUGAAAACUGAUGCUGAAAACGCAUCACCAGUUCAUGUGAUAUUGUUUAUCACGGUGCUGUUUUUAAUUUAAGGAGUUUUUCUCUCGGUUGAGAAGACCUAGUAUUAGUAUUUCCUGCCUCGCCAAGCUGUUCUUGAAAGACGUGGUACAUUGUCACUGCAGAGCUCAUUUCAUUAAACCGACUUCUGUGAUCACAAAGAAAUGUGCUGAUGAUAAAGUGCCUUUUAGUGCAUCACAUUACUCCUGCAAAUACAAUAUUGGUGUCAAGCAGACAGCAUGAAGCAGCGGAAUCUGUCCAGUGAUGAGAGCCGGAAUGUCAAUAUAGAGGAGGAAACACCUGGUGAGGAGAGGACACAGCAGGACGAAAUCAGUGAGGUGGUCGUGAAGAGCAGCUGAAAUGUAAGAAAUGUGCUGAAGACAGGAGACUGUCUGAACAAACUGUAACUUCUAUUGAAUGUGUUUGAAAGCAAAACUUUCAAUAAAUUACUCUUUGGUGC